AUGGGCGGCCGCCUCCCCUUCAGUCUCCUCGCGGCCCCGCGCCCAGCGCUGCGCUGCCUGCAACACCCCCGAGCCCGCCUUCCUACACUUACAGCCCUCCCCCCGCUCCUCCACCGCCCCAACACCACCCGGGCCAACACACCAAAACUCGACUUCCCCGCCCUCGACGCCAAAUGGCGCUCCCACCUGCAGCACCCUCCCCCACCUCCCCCCACCACCUCGGACAAGCAAAGCUUCUACAUCCUCUCCAUGUUCCCAUACCCCUCGGGCACGCUGCACAUGGGCCACCUGCGCGUCUACACCAUCUCCGACACGCUCUCGCGCUUCCACCGCAUGCGCGGCCGCCACGUGCUGCACCCCAUGGGCUGGGACGCCUUCGGCCUGCCCGCCGAGAACGCGGCCAUCGAGCGCGGCGUCGACGCCCGCCGCUGGACGGAGCAGAACAUUGCGGCCAUGAAGACGCAGUUUGAGGGCAUGGGCGUGGCGUUUGAUUGGGGGAGAGAACUCACGACGUGCAGCCCAGACUACUACACGCACACGCAGCGCCUCUUCCUAAAGCUGCACGCCGCAGGCCUCGCCUACCGCGCCGAGUCGCUCGUCAACUGGGACCCCGUCGACCAGACCGUGCUGGCCAACGAACAAGUCUCUGCCAGCGGCCACUCGUGGCGCUCCGGCGCCCUCGUCGAGCAGAAGCUGCUGAAGCAGUGGUUCCUCAAGAUCACCGCCUACCAAGACGCGCUGCUGGACGACCUCGAGAUCCUCAAGGAUCUGUGGCCAGAAAGGGUCCGCGCGCAGCAGAAGAAUUGGAUCGGCCGCAGCCGCGGCGCAGAGAUCCGCUUCCCGGUCACGGUCGACGGCGCAGCGCAGACAGAGACGGUGCAGGUGUUUACCACGAGGGCGGACACGCUGCACGGCGCGCAAUACCUGGCACUCUCCACCUCGCACCCGCUCGUGCAGCGCCUCGCCGCGGGCAACGCGGCGCUGGCGCAGUUCGUGAAGGCCGCCGAGGAGAGCAAGGCCGCCUCGCCGGACGGGAAAGCAAAGCAUGGGUUCCGCCUCCCCGGCGUAACGGCAACGAACCCGCUCCUCCCGCAGGCGCCGCCGCUGCCAGUGUUUGCGGCCGAGUAUGUCCUUGAGGGGUAUGGCGAGGGCGCGGUCAUGGGUGUGCCCGGCCACGAUGUCCGCGAUGCGGCGUUCUGGGCGCAGAAUUGUCCAGGGGAAGGGGUCAAGACUGUUAUCCUCCCGCCGGCGGGCGCUGCUGCGCCUGCGGUGGUGUUUACGGCGCACGGCGUCCUGUCGGGGGACUGCGGUGAGUUUGCUGGUAUGGCCUCGGACGAGGCGCAGAAGGCCAUUGUGGAGAAGUUAGGGGAGCAGUGGGCGAAUGAGAAGACGCAGUGGCGGCUGAGGGAUUGGCUGGUGAGUCGGCAGCGGUACUGGGGGACGCCGAUCCCGAUGGUGCAUUGUGGUGCGUGCGGGGUUGUGCCAGUGCGGGAGGAGGACCUACCCGUGCGGCUGCCGGAGGGCGUGGAUGUCAAGGGGAGGGGCGGGAGUCCGUUGGCGGCGGUGGAGGAGUGGGUGAAUACUAGUUGUCCCAGCUGUGGCGGGGAGGCGAAGAGGGAUACGGAUACGAUGGAUACGUUUGUGGAUAGUAGCUGGUAUUACAUGCGCUUUGUGGACCCGCAUAACGAGAAAGAACUGUUCUCUAAGGAAUCCACCUCCCUCCUCCCCGUCGACCUCUACAUCGGCGGCGUCGAACACGCAAUCCUGCACCUCCUCUACUCCCGCUUCAUCGCCAAGUUCCUGCACGCCUCCGGCCACUGGCCCACCGGCGGCGGCGCCGCCAACGCCGCCGAACCCUUCCGCAAGCUCAUCACGCAGGGCAUGGUCCACGGCCGCACCUACACGCACCCGUCCACGGGCAAAUUCCUCACGCCGUCAGACCUGGCCGCCGACGGCACCAUCGCCGGCACUGACAACCUGUCGCCCCUCGUAACCUACGAGAAGAUGUCGAAGAGCAAGCACAACGGCGUCGACCCCGCCGCCACCAUCGCGCGGUACGGCGCGGACGCAACGAGGGCGCAUGUGCUCUUCCAGGCGGCCGUCGAGGACGUGCUGGAGUGGGACGAGCACAGGAUUGUGGGCAUCCAGCGGUGGUUUGGGCGCGUGUGGGGGCUCGUCUGCGCUACUGCUACUGACGGGGUGCCGGGUGAUCCGGAUGCGGCGGUGGUGGCAGAGAUGGCGGCGGAGAAGCGGCUGUGGAGGGAGGUGCAGAGCGCGCUGCGGGAGGUGACGGCGUCGUUCGCAGAGACGUAUGCGCUGAAUACGGUCAUCAGUACGCUGACGAAGCUGACGAAUACCCUACACGCGCUGAAGCCCGGCGGGGAGGUUGGUGUGGGCGUGCGGUAUAAGGCGCUCGAAGUGCUGCUGCACAUGAUGGCGCCCGUCACGCCGGCGUUUGCGAGCGAGUGCUGGGCGGUGCUGCGGCCGGGGGCGGCGCCGGUGUUGCGGCGGGGGUGGCCGGUCGUUGAUGCUGCGGCGUUGGAUGGGGUGCUGGAGGAGAGGGUGAGGUGUGCGGUGCAGGUGGAUGGGAAGGUGAGGCUUGUGAUGGAGGUGGAGGCGGCGAGGAUGGCGGGGGAGGGGGCGGCGGAGUAUGUUUUGGAGAGGUUUUUGGAGACUAGGGAGGGGGGACGGUGGGUUGCGGGGAAGAGGGUGGUGAAGAGUGUGGUGGCGGGAGGGGGGAGGGUGGUGAAUUUUGUGGUGGGGAAGUAG